AUGCGCUACUCUAUCAUCAGCAGCCUCCUUCUUUUGGCUAUCUCCCCUCUGUCUACCCUCGCGCUUCCCUUGGACCCCAACGACGUUGCCGGUCAAUGGGAUCCCAGUGGAAAGUACCAAAAGGGUAACUGGCAGCACGGCGUGUUCGUCGCCAACAAUGGCGAUAACCAACAUGGCCAAGUUGAGAAGAAUGGCCAGUGGAACAACGACUACCAGAAUGGUCAAUACAACCCAGACCAAAAUGGCUGGACUGAUGCCAAUGGCCAAUGGCAUACCAACAACCAGAACGUCAAGAACAACCAGAAUGGCCAGAACGGCUGGACCGACGAGAAGGGCCAAUGGCACACCAACAACCAGAACGUCCAGAACAACCAGAAUGGCCAGAACGGCUGGACCGACGAGAAGGGCCAAUGGCACACCAACAAUCAGAACAACCAGAACAACCAAAAUGGCUGGACCGAUGCCAACGGCCAGUGGCAUGCAAACCAGAAGCGCCAGGCUAUCCCCGCUCAGGCAAACCCCGCUCUCAACCAGAAUGGAGCUGGCAAGGCCCAGGUCACCCCCAGCUCUCAGAACAACCACUACGAGAGCUACGGCAACUACAAGAACUAUGGUUCUUACCAGAACUACCCCGUCAACGGACAGAACCAGGCUCCACACAAGGAUACCAAGGCUAUUACUGGUCACCAGGAGUAA